UUAGCCCAUCGGCCCUCCCGACUUUUCUUUCUCUCCCUCCCUCCCUCUCAUCCUCCAUCCAUCAUGUCCGAGCCCACCAUCGUCCACAGCUCCCACGCUCUCCCCACCCACGCCCCCAACGGCGGCGCCUCCACCCCCUCCAUCCCCGGCCGCGGCGCCUCCUCCACCGGCGCAGGCACCACCGGCGGCUUCGCGACCAAGGCUGGUCUGGCCCAGAUGCUCAAGGGCGGUGUCAUCAUGGAUGUCAUGAACGUCGAGCAGGCCAAGAUCGCCGAGGAGGCUGGCGCCGUCGCCGUCAUGGCUCUUGAGCGCAUCCCCGCCAACAUCCGUCGCGACGGUGGUGUUGCCCGUAUGUCCGACCCCGCCAUGAUCAAGGAGAUCAUCGAGGCCGUCUCCAUCCCCGUUAUGGCCAAGUGCCGUAUCGGCCACUCCGUCGAGGCGCAGAUCCUCCAGGCCGUUGGCGUCGACUACAUUGAUGAGUCUGAGGUGCUCACCAUGGCCGACGACAAGCACCACAUCGGCAAGCACGCCUUCAAGGUGCCCUUUGUGUGUGGCUGCAAGAACCUCGGUGAGGCGCUUCGCCGCAUUUCGGAGGGCGCGGCCAUGAUCCGUACCAAGGGCGAGGCCGGAACCGGCGACGUCGUUGAGGCCGUUAAGCACCAGCGCACUGUCAUGGCCGACAUCCGCAAGGCGGCCAGCAUGAGCGACGACGAGCUGUACGCGUUCGCCAAGGACAUCCAGGCGCCGUACCACCUCCUGAAGGAGACUGCUCGCCUCAAGCGCCUUCCUGUUGUCUCGUUCGCCGCCGGUGGUGUGGCCACUCCCGCUGACGCCGCCCUCAUGAUGCAGCUCGGCUGUGACGGUGUCUUUGUGGGCUCGGGCAUCUUCCUUUCGGGUGACCCGGCCAAGCGUGCCCGCGCCAUUGUCCAGGCCGUCACGCACUACAACAACCCUGACAUGCUCGCCCAGAUCUCGGAGAACCUCGGUGAGGCGAUGGUUGGUAUCUCGGUCAAGGACGAGGUCAAGACUGGCCGCCAGACCUCGUACGCCGACCGGGGCCACUAAGCGUCACCGGGAGCGUAGUAGGUUGAGCGCGGCGAGCACGAGUGGUGUCGCAGUCGAGCAGUGGUGCGAGCACCAUGGAGCGGAGAGAAAACGGGGCUGCAUGUCUCUGGUCGAGUUGGGUUGAUGGGCCCUUUGACGCGUGUACGGAUCGAUGCACAUGUAGGAUGCUGCUCGGGGGAGUGGAAUCGCACGGGAAUAGCUACCGUCGGCGCCUUACGGAUCUGACUUUUGCGAGGAACGUUGCGAGGCUGACCUGGAGACUAGCAUUGUCAAUCGUUGAGCUGACGCGUCGGAGUUGGUACGACGGCAUGUCUGCCCUUGACGGGUUCGACCUGCGCAGCCAGACGGUCGACGCUCUAUGC